AUGCUCUGUUCCUACACUGUUCUCAUACCACUUUUUGCUGUUGUACUCACAUUGUCCGAGGGACGGAUCACGGAUAAGGAGCCAAGUGAUGAAUGCUCACCACAGAUGAAUAUGCCCUUGAAAGAGGUUGCCGAGAAGAUCUGCGAGCUCUGUCACGAAUUCACCAACCAUGAAGUACCAAAUAUGCGAGCCGAAUGCCGAUCUCAAUGUUUUUCGACCGAUAGGUUCCGAACGUGUAUGCGUAUGUUUACAAACGCUCCAAAACGUCAUAAUCGACACAAUCGACGACAUCUCUGGUAG